AUGGUAGAAUUUGCAGGUUAUUUAAUGCCUGGUCAAUACAAUAAUCUUUCUAUUAUGGACUCUGUUAAAUACACGCGCUCGAAUGUUGGAAUAUUUGAUAUUUCUCAUAUGCUUCAGGAAUUUUUGGAGAGUUUGACACCGGCUGAUAUUCAAAAUAUGCAAUUAGAUGCAGGGGCUUUGAGUGUUUUUACCAAUUCUGAGGGAGGAAUAAUUGAUGAUCUGAUUGUUGUAAGAACUAGUGACGAUUUUUUAUUUUUGGUUUCAAAUGCUGCUAGAAGGGAAGUUGAUCUUUUACAUAUGCAGGAAAACGUUGACAAGUUUCACAAACAUUCAAAGGAUGUCCAGUUAAAUAUUCUCAAUGACAGAGCUCUUAUUGCUAUUCAAGGUCCUCAAAUGGUUAAUUUAUUGCAACCAGAGACAGAUAUUAAGCUUGAUAAGUUAUUUUUCAUGCACUCGGCGAAAGGAAAGGUUUGUGGAAUUGAUGAUUGUAGAGUAACUAGAUGUGGAUAUACUGGAGAGGAUGGUGUUGAGAUAUCUGUUAAUCAAAAUUAUGCAGAAUUAAUUAUUGACAAUUUAUUACAUUCAAAGAAUGCACAACCAAAAUUAAUUGGAAUUGCAGCCAGAGAUAUUUUGAGAGUGGAAGCGGGGCUUUGCCUUUAUGGAAAUGAAUUAAAUGAAGAAAUAACACCCAUUGAGGCUGGAAUUAAUUUUGUUAUUGGUGAUUUUUUAAAUUAUAUGUUUUUUAAAAUUUCUCUAGCUAAACAAAGGCGAGGUUCUCUUGGUUUCCCUGGAGCAGAAAAAAUUAUUGAACAAAUAAAUAAAAAGAAUUUUACAAAGAAAAGAGUUGGACUUGUAGCAGAAGGAGGGAAAGUACCAAGAGCUGGAAUGUCUGUCAUUGACCUUUCAAAUAAUGAAAUUGUGGGUAUUGUUACUUCUGGUUGUCCUUCACCUUGUUUAGGAAAGAACAUUGCAAUGGCUUAUUUGAAAAAGGAAUGGACUAAACCUGGAAAUAUUCUUGGAGUUAGAAGUGGAUCAGAAAAUAAAUUAAACAAAAUUACUCAAAUAGAGGUUGUCAAGUUGCCUUUUGUGAAGACUAAAUAUUUUAUAAAUUAA